CGAAAGUUCAGGCGGUCAAAGCUCGCUGGCUUUCUUGCCACCACAAUUACACCAACAAACUCGACAUGUCCACUGCUAACAACGUGCCCGGGGCCGACGACAUACACUCCACUCUGCAUGAAGACCUGGAUGAAACAGACAGACGACGAGGACGACGAGAUCACCGACGACAAGCAGUGGACCGCAGGCGACUUUGCCAUCGUCUCCUCGGACAAUGUGCGCUUCCACAUCGACCGUCACUACCUGAUGAGUGCGAGCUCGGUCUUCCGCGACAUGCUAUCUGUCGGCGGACCCGGUGGCGACGCGGGCCAAGUACACCUCACCGACCGCUCGAUCGAGACGGCGGUCGUCAUCGGCAGCUUCCUGCGGCUAGUCACGACCGCCGAGCUGGGUUUCUUCCCCUGGGAGACAGUCAAACUCGUCAAUCUCGCGCGCUUUCUGCUCAAGUUUGACUGCUCAGCGGCCGUCAAGGUCCUCGUCCUCCUCGCGCAGGAGAAGAUCACGGCCCGCAAAACGAGCAAGAUCUACCUCUGGGUCCUCGGCGCGGCGAUCGACGACCCCGACCUGUGCGUCAACGCCAUGACGAAUGACAGCUUGACGGCGACCUGGACGGGCGAGAACGAGUUCGACACGGACGCGACCAGGUGCCAGGUCAAGGGCAACGUGUUCAACCCGCAGGCGCUGUCGUUCACGUGGUGGUCGAUCAUCCCCGGCGAGUACCUCUGGGCUCUGAACCGCGCGUGGGCUAUGGCGGGGAACACCAAGGAGCUGCCGGUCAAGUUCAAGGAGCUGCUCACGGCUGCUAAAGCUUGUGACACCUGACGGCGCCCAACUCGAUCGCUACCCGUCCCACCAGUCGGCCCAACAACAGCCGCCCUGUGUUGUAUGCACAUAGACACCUCCGCAUGAGCUCCCUCUUUGGUCGCCCGACAUGUUUCGAAAAUAGCAGGGGGCAGCAGCUACCUAGCCCCGGCGAUGACAUCACAUCGCCAGCCCUUCGCCAACACUUCGCCAACACUUCGCCCACCCUUCGCCUGGUGAUCACCACCAACAUCGCCCACGAAACACCUCUUCGCCAUCCAUUAUCCUCUCAACAUCGCUGCAUUCGCCCCCGCCAUAGCCCACUAUGCAACCACGUGACCUUCAGCACACGGAAACUUCCACGACAACACCCUGCCCCAAACACUGACACCCUCCCGCACCUGCAACUCUCACACCUUGAAACCACCUCUGCUGUCCAAGCCCAUCCGCCGCCAUGGCCGACCCAUCUACCGUUAGUCUGUCGCCUGGCCGCUCCAAGCUUGGGAAUGGGGUCAAGAGGGCGAGAGGCGAGUCGGAAGCCGCUGUUCCUGUGAUCAAGGAUCACCCGGUCUGGAACAAGGGUGACUUUGCGCUCAUCUCAGCCGACAAUGUACGCUUCCGAAUCGACCACCAUUACCUUCUGAGCGCCAGCGUCUUCUUCCGCGACCUGCGUGACGUUGCGUCCAAUGUCAACGAGUUGGGCGAGCUGGUGCUCGACGACCCCAUCAUCGAGACCGCCCCGACCGUGCACAACUUCCUCGUCGUCAUCACCCAGGGAUACAUCUCGCCUCCCCGAGACGCUCGUCCCCUCGGUCUCUUCUUCCGCAAGUACCUCUGCGUAGCGGGCAUGAACAUCCUCGAGGGGUACAUCAAGCGCAGCAUCGAGACGGACAAGCAGCGCUCGAUCGAGUGCUUCGUCAUCGCUGCGGCCCUCGACAACCUUAGCUUGUGCCUCGACGCGAUCGAGCACCACGACGGCACCUUCCCGAGCGAAUGCGCAGAUGCGGACGGGCAGGGCCCGCUCGGGUACAUCCCCGGCAGCGACACGUACAGCCCCCAGAACCUUCCGUACGCGUGGCGCACGUACAUGCCGGCCGAGUAUCUGUGGGCCCUGCACCGCGCUUGGGCUGUGGCGAAGGACACGCCGCAGAUGAUGAGCACGUUCCGCGACUUGGUGCGGAGUGUCAGGGAAUGGGACAAGAAAAAUGCGACGUCAAGGGAUGGCCGCGCCGAGAUUUGCGAGUUCUACGUGACGGAGCUGUGA